AUGGUGAGUUCUGCCCAAGCUUCUCCUUGCACUCCGACUGCAGAAAACUGUCGUAAAGAGAGCGCAGAAGACGGCAGACACGUGUGGAGCGCAGCACACGUGGUCGGUGUUUUGGUCAGAGAGUAUCGAAUGAGUGCGUGUAAGAACUCUUGUGUUGAUGUGGUGAAUAUGUUACCUGUUAUGGACAUCAACGAUAAAGCAGAUGAUGAUCGGAGAGGAGUCAAGCGCAAGAUGGCUUUGUCCAGUCCCGUCGUGUACAUUCGCUUGUAUUUGAGGUUUGUGAGAUUAAUGAAACACACCUGCAGUUUGGCGUGCGUCAAGCAGCACAAGACGGUGUCGGGAUGCUGUGGUGUUCGGGACAAGACGGCGUUUGUCCCUCUGGCUGAAUUUGAUGAACUCGACCUGCUCAACGAUUACAGGUUUCUGGAGGACACGGCCCGACUGUCCCAGCAGUCCAACAGAGACGCCGUCCUGCUCCGCAGCCAGCGGCACCCGAAGGAGGGCAUGUGGAUGGUCAGAAAAGCCAGAGCAGUCAAAGUCACCCUGAAGUUUCUGCCCAAAGUGUUCAGCAAACACCGGGAGAACAGCACCAUCUUCAGAAGAGCGGAAAGACGAUUCUACUGGCACCUGAAGAUCCAUUUUCCUCAGAGCGACGCGGUUUAUUCAGAGAGGUGUCCUGAUAACCGGCAGCUCGGUCAGAUUCUCAACGACUACAUUCAUCCUUCAGAGUCAGAUCCAGUCAAACGGCAGAAGUUAAAGAUCUACGUCCACAGUCCUCCAGAGGACAUCAGAGUCUUUCUGAAGUCAGAGCAAACACAGCCCGACUCUCUCAGGUAUCUGGAGCUGGAUCUGAAGAAGACUCUGCAGGAAAACCUGAUGCAUAAGACCAUCGUGGAAUACCCAGAAGUCUUUGUGUUUCUGAAGGAGCACAGUCAGGAGUACCUCACUCGCAGAGCAGAGCGUCCCCGUGCUGUCCAAAGCAUUGCAUCAGCGAGAACGUCAUGUUCCCCGGCUGAACCACGGUCAGAAGCUCUUGUGCAUGUGGCCAAGAAGCCAAAAGUCUCAGAAGACAAAGAGCUGGAGGAAGGAGAGAUCCGAAGUGAUGAAGAGGAUGAUGGUGUCAGUAAUGACACUGAGAAAAAGAGACCUGUAAUGCAUGAUGAUGAGGAUGAUGAGGAUGAUGACAGUGAUGAAGAGCUUCAGGGAAACCAGAAUCUAGAAGUGGAGACUCAUAACAGUGUUCAGGACACUCAGGUGGAUGAUGGGAACCAAAACGAAGAGGUUUCAGUGAGCCUCACCAGCAAAACUGAAGAAAUGAUGACGGUUUCUCAAGGUCCUGAAGAAGCUGACAGCACUCAGACUUUCACUGAUGAUGGGAGAAGACUGUGUGAAGACGAGAAGUUUGAUAUUUCCUCUCAUGAAUGUCAGAAAAACAUCGACUCCAGCGCUGGACUUCCAGAAGAUGAUUUUCGAGAAGAGAAAAAUUGCGAUUCUCUGCAAACUAUGACCACAGACUGA